GACCAUCCUUUAGAAUUGAAUUUGACACUGUACCACUUCUCCUUUUUCCCUUUCUUCUAUUCUUCUUCUUCUUCAACCUCCCCACCUCCUUCCAUCAAGGUUCAUUCCGUCUGCUCCUUCGAUCUGCUAAGACCUAAUCUUCAAUCCUGAUGAACAGAGAGUCCAUUUCCGUUCAGUUCCUUGGAAAAAAUUGAAAUCAUCGUUGAGUUGAGUCCGCCAAUAAUAGUGGCUUCUGCGCCAAUAUGUUGACUAGUUGUGAUGAGCUUGAAGAAGGUUUAGAUACGCAAACGCCUUUGCAAUCGCAAAGUGGUGAUCACACAGUUAGUGGGUCACAAUCGGCUAAUGUGAAAGAAUAUGCAACUCCAAAACGCGGACGCCAACAAGGCUUUACAAAAGAAGAAGAUCUUUUAAUCAUAUCAGGUUAUCUCAACACAUCUUUUGAUCCCGUUGUUGGAAAUGGACAAAAGCAAGACGCGUUAUGGAAGAGAAUUCAUGAUUAUUUUGUGGCUAACGGCAAAUAUGCUCGUUCCCAAGUUUCUAUUUCGUGCCGUUGGAAUGUGAUAAAUAAGGAUGUUCAAAAAUUUGUUGGAUGUUAUGCUCAAGUUCAACAACAAGAAGAGAGCGGUUUGAGCGAAGAAGAUAGAGUACUCAAAGCAGAAGCUCUCUUCAAGGCAUCAACUGGAAAAACUUUUCAUCUCUUUCACUGCUGGAAUGUGCUCAAGAAUGAGUUAAGAUGGUCAGCAACAGGUUCUUUUGACCGCUCCAACAAAGCAUCAAAAAAAUUUCAAAGUGUUAGUCCCCAUAGUGCAAAUUCUUCUCCCACUACACCUGAUAGUGUUAAUCUUGGAGAAGAUAACAAUGAUACUAGUUUUUUUGAGAGGCCCAUGGGAAGAAAACUUGCCAAGGAAACACCCAAGAGAAACAAAGAACAUACAUCGACAACUACAUCUGCUGCAACAAUUUUACAGUCAUGGAAGGAAGAGUACACAAAGAAUGAACGCGCGAAGCAGGAGAGGAUCGAAAAGAAACUUCGUUAUCAAGAAGAAUACAUCGCACUCGAGAAGAAAAAGCUUGAUUAUGAGAUAAUGAGUAAAGAUACUACCGGUAUGGAUGAGACUAGAGCGGCAUACUUCAAGAAGCUUCAACAAGAUAUCCUUAAUGAGCAAAAAUAGUGUCAAAAGUACUUAUCCUCCAUGUUUUUGCCAUAGAUUUUCAACUAGAUCUGAAUGUAGUUGAGAAUGAGUCUG